AAUGCCAGGAAAUCUGGGCUGUGGGACAUGAGAUUGGGCUGCCAGUGAGGAUGGCACUGAGCUGACCACCCAGGACAAUGGUGGCACCUGGGGCUAUGGCGAUGGGGGCCACACGGGCUGGGCAAGGCACUCUGGAGAUGGCUGCCCAGGAGGAUGAUGACCUGGUAGGACCAGGCCUAAGCGACCCUGUGUGAGGCAGGAGAAGCCAGCAGCUUGCCCCCAGCAGUGUGCUGUGUUUGUGAGGAAGCUGCCGGCCCAGCAGGGCACCAGGAAAGCCCUCCGGUCUCCAAAGAGGGCUUGCACAGCUUUACCAAUGGUUUUUUUCCAGGGUAGCUGCCAAGUCCUGGAAUGAGCAAGACUCAGCUGCCCAGAGGGGUCCCUGCGGACAGCAGGGGCUGGGAUGGGACACCUGAUAGCCAGUGAGAAAUGCAAGCACGACUUGGGAGAAACACAAGUCUUAUUUUCAGUCUUACAGAUAAGGCGAUCCUCAUUUUGUCAUGUGCAUUUGUGUACCCGCUGAAUAGCAAAAUAACAGCAAGAAAAGAUGACAAUUUAUAUUUUCAUAGACCCAGAAAAAGUAACAGGCAACACUGUGUUUCAAAUUUUCGAUUAGUUGAUUUUACAGUGCAAACAUGGAAGAAUCUGCAGCAUGGUAGGAGAAAAUAAUUUUAUUAAUUUUAUAAUUUUACUGAGAUUGCUAUUUAAAAUAAUUAGAUGUGGGGAUACUACAGGAAAAUAGGAAAACGUUCAUGCUGCAGAUGAGUUUUUCAGAUGAGUUUUAACAAAUAUUUUUGAAUCUUGAAUCUUUGAAUAAGAUGAAAUUAUUCUGAAUAUGUGUGUUUGGGUGAUAACAGUUGCCAACAAAAAUAUGGCUCAUAACACCAGUUUCAUUUGAUUGCCUUCGGUACAUUUUUAAAAAUGCUACACUACUUUAUUCCACAUUAGGUGAAAUUUAUUUUUUCUUAAAGUCAGAUUUUAUCAUGUAAAAAAACAUUCUGGAUAUGUAGGUAAAUUUGAUUUAUUAUCUGAUUAUAGGAGUUUCUGAUUGUAACUGGCAUUGUUUGGAUACAGGAGAGUUAAUUAAUCAUCAUUAAUGAAUCACAGUUAAUAUGUCCAUUACAGUUGAGUGCUACAUCUUUACACUGGAAGAAGCAGUGGAUGUGUAGCAGAAACUUUGGAGUGAAAUAGUUCUGGGUUCUUAUAAUCCCUUCUCUGAUAUCUACCAACUCUGUGUCCUUAGGCAAGUUAAUUACCAUCACUUUCCUGAUCCAUAAAGGGAAUAAUACUAAUAUCUACAAAAUACGGUUAGAGUGAAGUUUCAUGAAGUGAUGAAUGUAAAUAACCUGGCAGAGUGCCUGGGGAUACAGCAUGAUUCAUCACGAUACCUACUAAUAUUAAUACUGUCCAGUUAGAAAAUUAUUUAGAUAAAAUCAUCUGGGUAAUCAUCGCGGUGUAUUAGCAACACAAAAUCAAUUUAUAACCUCUUUUUACUCCUGCUGGAGAAGCUGUAAAGCCUAAAGAUUUGCCUUCUCAGUUUCCUUCUGGCUAGAGCUAGUCAUGAGACCUUGUGGCCAAUGGAAUGAUACCAACAUACAAGACUUCUGGAAAAACCGGACAGACUCAGGGUCCAUUUGGACCUCAGGGCCCUCUAGGAUACCCAGGACCUCCAGGUGUCAAGGGUGCAGAUGGAAUUUGGGGUCUGAAGGGCCAUAAGAUGCAAAGGGUCCACAGGGUCAGCGGGGUCCCUGAGGUGCCACUGGGAAGUCUGGAGCUAAGGGGGAGCCAGGACAUUCAGGAUCUCCAAGGAUCCAGGGUGAGCCAGGUGUCAAGGAGACUGACAGCUCCAGGGCCCUACUUUCCAACCCCUUUCACCCCCCUCACUGCACCCCACUUUUCCUGUGACCUCUUUGAGCUGGAGCUCCUCUGUGGCCAGGAGUAUCUGCUCUGGACCAUACUCUGAAUGAGCCCUUCCUCUCUUACCUCCAAGGGAAAGAGACCAGGGUCUCCCCCUAUAGGCUGGACUU